AUGGAUUUCGUAGAAAUAUUUCUCGAUGAAAUCGCUUUGGAAGGAUUAGAUGGCAUCACUCUUCCAACAUUAUGGAAACGAGUGAUUUUGAGGCCCAAGAAAUUUGACCUCUCAUUGGAUGACCAUUUCAAGACUUACAUUUGGAAUCACCUACUGAUUCGACAUAAGGAGCUAGAAUUCUUCAAACUGCCCACUCCACGCAUUCCAUUUGUUUACAUCGAUAGGUUCAGCUUUAAUGAUGAGGAAACUGGAGUUUGCAUUGAGCAGGCAAAAACUGAGGAUAUAUACCCCGUAGAGAUUGUGCAUGAAAGUAAGCUGGGCGUUCGUGGAUCCUGUUCCACAUUUAAAACUCGAGUGAAUGUGACUGAUAAUGUCAGAAACGGACUGAUCACAUAUAAUGAAGUUAUUGACAAUUAUUCAGAGAGCCUGGUGAUUGUGGCAUCUCAGAAGCAGAGAAACAUUGCACUGCUCGGAGUCGACAACUGCAACUUAAACAUCAUGAAUGUCAUUUCAGAUGACAAGUUGUACUGCUUUCUUGAAAGAAUAGGAAGGUCCAGGUGGCAAGGUGCUCUUACAUUUGGAAAUGCAAGCAUCAACACUGCCUUCAACGUUAAACCUGCCAAUGCAUUUCCUCUGAGGAAGAAAUUGAAAAAGUAUCAGCUGAUAACUGUGCAGUUUUUCUGCAUGAAACCAGCAAUUGGCAUCAGUUGUAUUUCUGGCAAAGUUCUUCUAUUGACUCGUUUCCACGCCGACCACACGCCGAUCUACCUGACGCAUCUGUCCAUGAUUUGUUCCAUGCUUGCAUCUGAGCCUAACAAGACCAUGAUGCUAGCCACUGCUAAAGAAAAGUUUGCUGGGCAAAUACCAGAAGAGUUGUUUCGCAAACUUUCGAGACUGGGCAGCAAGUACAUCCGCUUAGAAUUGAGGCCAAUGAGGGAAUGGUUUCCGGAUGCCCAGCCCAAAGACUACCUAACUAAAGGUAAGGGGCAGGAGAGAAUGGUGAAAGUGCUGAGACUGAUUCAACCAUUUGUAAACCAAGAUGAUGGUGGUGACGAUGAUGAGAAGACGAUGGGUGACGGUGAUGAUGAAGAUGCUUGUGCCGACAUGGACUGCUAUGGCAUGUUUCCAGAUGAAUUUAAGUACCCAGUUUACUUGGACCAAUCCCAACUUUCAACUUGCUAUAGAAUGAUAGACGAGAGUGGAUGGGAUGGCGUUAAGGGGUCCGACUUCAUCAAACGACUCAACAUCGCAAUAAAUGACUUCAGAACUCUGUGGAGAAAUCUCGAGAGGAGGCAGUGCUUUGGAUCGAUUAAGGUUGAGGAGGGAAAGCACCGGAUCAAAAAGAUAUGCCUAUCCAAGUACAAAAACUUCCAUCACAAUCAGAAGAUUAUCAUGCCAGAUAGGAAGUCUGCCAAAUUGGAUCAGAGUUUAAAGAGUGCAAGAUGCAGUUUGACCACACCUUCACAAAACUCUACAUCAUCGUUGCUGUGCUCGACUCCCAUGAUAUCCUACCCUCUACCCUCGUCAUCUUUCGAACCUUUUGACUCAUCAAUCGCCCCAACACCUGAAAUCUCAAAACAGAUCUUAGGAGAUCUUAGCAUCAUCAGUGAUGUUAUUGAUAACUCCAUCAAUGCAAAUGAGCAGAACAACAGACCUGGUGGAUCAUCAGUUGUGAUAAAGUUUGACUGCUCUGAUGUAGACACAGAAAUUGAAGGAGUGUCUCUUACAUCAACAUACGAUACAGCGCCAACAUCAAACGAUACUUCCACCAUCAAACCCUCAUCACUGGCAUCGUCCAAAACGACAAACUCAACCACUAAUUCAGCAACAGACAGCACUUCAACACUUCGCAACCUGAUGCGUGUCAGGCACAUCAUGAAGGUCAUCCACAGGGAGAUAGUUGUUUAUGAUCUCAAUCUAUUUAAACAAGAAAUCUACAAUGCAGAAAAUGAAAAAUUAUUUACGACCAAAUCUCUGAAGAGGUUGCUGAAAAAGUUGGCAGACCACAAGAAGAUUAAAGUCAUAAACAAAACUGUGCCAGAAGGAGAGUUUACAUUUUAUUGUGACCUGAAUGUUGAAGAGGAUGGCGAAGAGGUCAUGAAAGUUCUUAACUUUCAACUUCUCAAGGAUAGAACUGUUUCUAAAAUUCCACCCCUUGAACAUCGUCCGAAGUUUGGAAAGGCUAAAAUGGUCCAUAUUUACCUAUGGAGUCUCGUUUAUGGCUACAACAUGCACCUAAUGACCUUUGACCCACCAGAUCGAUCAGUUGGCUGGUGCAGCAUGACCGACGCCAUCGACAACAUGCCUCUAUCCGUCUUCAUCGAGUCCAUCCUGUCCUGUUCGCCCUUUGACAUAAAAGGCUUAGAGGAGCACACCAGUGACCCUAACAAGUUGCACGCCAAGUUGCACGAUAUCCCGACUGAGACUACCAUGCUCAUGAGACCUGCUCUGAUGGUUUUUAAAUUUCAUGAAAUGCAGAUCGUGAGGCAGCUAACAAAGGGUCGAAAGUAUUUAUUCAAGUUUCAGUGCACCUGUGAGGUUCUGAUGAAGUUGGGCCUGCUGUCGUUCACUCGAUGCGCCCUCGUUAAGAAGGAGGAGAUCUACAUGUACGUGCACAAGAUGGCCAGCUUGUACGACAACAGUAAUUUGACGACAUCAUCUUCCUUGUUCCCUGUUACAGAUGAUGAAGGCUGCAUGAUGUAUGAUUUUCAGAGCUUGAUGGAUAUUGACAGGUACUGGAUGGCCCUACAGACACUCAGUCUUGAUGUUAAAUCAGUGGCCCCAUCGAAACCUUAUCAGACAAGAAGCAACUUGAAAGAAAAGUUCAGAGAUUUCAUAAAUGGCAAAGACGUGAGUGAAGUUAGUGAUGUAGGAUUCUUGCCUGGUGAUCGACUCGGUCCUGGUGGAACGGAUUCUUCUCUCUUCGCAAAUUUGCGACGCAACUGGUCGUUAAACACGGAGAAGCAUAUGGAGCCUGGCAUGUUCACGUUCGGUGGCAUCAUUGACAGGAAACCAAUCAUCGAUUUUGAAGCAGGUGCGGAAGGUGAGAAUAGAUCAGGGCAAACGUGCAGCAGUGCAGAGACCACGUCGGAGGGUACGUCGAAACGAGGACCAAAUGUGGGCACCAAGCAGAUCAGGAAAAGAGGAUUAGUCUCAGACUCGAAAUCGAAACCAAAAGCUAAAAAGUCUAAAACACUACUUGCAACCACAGAAAACAUGCAUGACGACUCAGCAGCUGCUCCCCACAGCAAACAAAAGAGAAAGUUGUGCUAUGAUGAGAAGGAUGAGGAGGCCCUGAGGAGAAUGACCAGGCAGAGAGUCUCGUGGUCCAGUCAAGAAGAUAGAGUGAUAUUGUUGUGCUCGUUGGCGAACUUGUUCCUGGGCAACACUCUGAAGUGGAUUGUUAACAGUACAGUUGUCCGAGAUAUCCUACACGAACGUCUCGAGUGUUCAAAAAAUAAGACUGCAAAAGCGUGUUUGCGGAGAAAAAAUUAUUUGCUGAAAAAGGAAAAAGUUCGGAAAAAUGUCUGCGUCUACCAAGCAGAGUUGAUGCAUGACAAGGAAUUAUGCAAGGAAUUCAAAGAGAACAAGACGUACAGUAUCUACAAAGCCAAAGAGAAUGCAGAAGCAUACAUUGCCUGUUUUUGCAAGCUGGAAAUAAAAUUUGGGUACAACACACCCGAGAACUUGCUGGAACAAUAUUCGAUGCAACUUCCAGACACCAUAGAGGAACUUUGCAGCAAAUAUUCAAUCUUCCACCCCUCCUUGGAUGUUGGGAAAUCUCCGAAAGAAAUCGACCGAGGGGACCACGUACUCUUUUCCACGCUGCAGAAUCUCGUUCAUUCCAUUUCACUGCUGACGGAUAAGACAGGCAGAGCUCACGAGUUGUACCAAAUGCUCAGUGGAUACUCGUCCAAGGUGCUAACCCCUGUCUUCAAGCACAUGAUCGCUAUGGGCAUAUUCACCAGGUUCAGGCCUCACAAGAACGUGAACGCCAACAAAGUGGUAGAGCAUCAAAAUAUUGGAUGCUAUCAACUCUCUCAAAGGUACCAAUAUAUCUGGCUGACGGUUUACCCCAAAAAUGUUUUUCAAAAAGCUUAUGACUUCCAUGCAUCUUUUGAACCUAGAACUCACGACCCGUGCCAUGGGUCAAAGUUCAUGAACCUGCUAGCUCAUUCCUCGUCGUCCAUUGGGUUGUGUAGUCUUCUUGGCUUGAAUUUGGAUAUAAAGGUGAAAGUUACAGUGCCGGCAGAAAUUGUGGUCAUUGAUUCAAUGGAGCAGAAUGAAAAUGAAUUGCAAAAUAAUGCAAUUAAAUUGAACAGACCAAAAAAUAAUAAAGAUAAUGAUGAGAAUGAUGAUGAUGAGUACUGCAAUGAUGAUGAAGAUGAAGAUGACGCUGAUAUGCAGGAUAUAAAGUUUUCAACUGGAAACUCUCGUACCUUCCUUUAUUGGUAUCGUUGUCAGUACACACACAGCAAGACGUCAAAAUUCAUUGACGCCAACAACAGCAUAUUCAUCAACGCCUGCCAAGUAAAAGUAAAGUUGCCACCAGACUACCAAACCGUUUUUCACAGUGAUCACAAAGUCUCAUGGGGUAAGAAUCGUGAGAUGUCUUCACUUCAAUCUGACGCUCUUUUGAUAAUUAUCAUGAAUUCUUUCGCACAAAUUAAUCUUUAA